CUCAGUAUGUUACAGUUGCUGUAUUAAGUAUUGGAUUUUCGGCAACCGACUUUUCGCAAUUGUUGGUUGAAUUUCCAUAGAAUGUUAAUGAAAUAAAAAAUGCGGUUUCAUAAACUGUAUUAAAACUUAUGACGAGCAUAGACGAGUCACAUAACAACGUAUAACAGCCGUAAAAUUUCGCAUUUUGUUAAGGCAUAUUCCCCGUCACUUUGUUUGGGGUCCUUGCUAGCAGCUCGGCGCCAGUCGCCCCGUUGUUAGCACCAGAGCGAAAACAGUAGUGCAGGAAUAUAUCGGUGAAAUUUUAUUUUACAGAGACUCGGGACCCUAAGUCGCCCAGCAAUGAAUCUAGAAUUGCUCGAGUCGUUCGGGCAGAACUAUCCAGAGGAGGCAGAUGGCACUUUGGACUGUAUCAGCAUGGCCCUUACCUGCACCUUUAAUCGCUGGGGUACCCUGCUUGCUGUUGGCUGCAAUGAUGGCCGCAUCGUCAUCUGGGACUUCCUCACACGUGGUAUCGCUAAAAUUAUCAGCGCACACAUCCACCCUGUUUGCUCUUUAUGCUGGAGCCGUGACGGCCACAAACUUGUAAGUGCAUCAACAGACAACAUAGUUUCCCAGUGGGAUGUCCUGACUGGAGACUGUGACCAGAGGUUCCGUUUCCCUUCACCAAUCUUGAAGCUCCAGUACCACCCCAGAGACAUGGACAAGGUGCUGGUGUGUCCCAUGAAGUCUGCUCCAGUCCUGUUGACUCUUUCAGACUCCAAACAUGUUGUCCUGCCUGUGGAUGACGAUUCAGACCUAAAUGUGGUGGCAGCUUUUGACAGGAGGGGCGAGUACAUCUACACGGGAAAUGCCAAGGGAAAGAUCUUGGUGUUGAGCACAAACAGUCAGGAACUGGUGGCAUCCUUCAGAGUGACCACUGGCACCAGCAACACCACUGCCAUCAAGUCCAUCGAAUUUGCACGCAAGGGCAGCUGUUUCCUCAUAAACACAGCAGACCGGAUCAUCAGAGUUUAUGAUGGUAGAGAGAUCCUGACCUGUGGCCGAGAUGGUGAGCCUGAACCAAUGCAGAAACUCCAGGAUCUGGUUAACAGGACGCCAUGGAAGCGCUGUUGCUUUUCCGGGGAUGGGGAGUACAUAGUGGCUGGUUCAGCCAGGCAGCAUGCCCUCUACAUCUGGGAGAAAAGCAUCGGCAACCUUGUGAAGAUCCUGCAUGGAACCAGAGGAGAACUGUUGCUGGAUGUGGCUUGGCAUCCUGUACGUCCAAUCAUUGCGUCCAUUUCCAGUGGGGUGGUGUCCAUCUGGGCUCAGAACCAAGUGGAAAACUGGAGUGCAUUUGCUCCAGAUUUUAAAGAGCUGGAUGAGAAUGUGGAGUAUGAAGAGCGAGAGUCUGAGUUUGACAUCGAAGAUGAAGACAAGAGUGAACCUGAACAGACAGGUGCAGAUGCUGCAGAGGAUGAAGAGGUGGAUGUCACCACUGUUGAUCCUAUAGUUGCUUUUUGUAGCAGUGAUGAGGAGCUUGAGGACUAUAAAGCCCUGCUGUACCUACCCAUCGCCCCGGAGGUUGAGGAUCCAGAGGAGAACCCCUUUGGUCCCCCACCGGAUGCCUCAGCCCAGGCAGCCCCCCAAGAGGACGGCUCAGCCAGUGGAGACAAGAAGCAGCGACAGCCCUCUUCUGACGGAGGCCCAGCCAAGAAGAAGCCCCGCACCACCACCAUCGAACUGCAGGGGGUGCCAAAUGACGAGGUGCAUCCCCUGUUGGGUGUGAAGGGUGAUGGCAAAUCCAAGAAGAAGACGGCAGGCCGGCCAAAAGGCUCCAAAGGUAAAGAAAAAGACUUCCCCUUCAAGCCCAAGCCCUUCCGGGGCGAGCGGCCCUCCUACCCCAUGAAGCCCUGGGCAGCACUGGGCCAGGAGGGAGGAGGAGGAGGGGAUGAAGGCAGAGCGGAGGGGGGCCUGGCCACAGGGAGCCUGGUUUCACAAUCAUACAAACAGCACGAUAUUGGAGGGAUGGACUGAAGAUUCCCACCGCUUUUGUUCUGGAGGAAAACCCACAGGAGCAAAAACAAAAAAAGUCAUUUUGCCUAGCAACAUGAAAAGACAAUGACUGACCAGCCUCUUUGAUACAGACUCUUGGGCUUCCUUUUUCAAACAAAACACCAUCUAUCAGUCACCAACAGAACCUGCUACAUGCCAGCUGAUGAGGACAUCUCAGGCCACAUGGCAUUUUGUGUCGUUUUUCACCUCCCCGGUGACUGAGAGAGGCAGGCAAAAGAAGUAAAGCAGCCAUGCCUUAGAAUAGAUCACACAUCCUCUGUUGUUUCCCGCUUCUCUGUCUUAUUCUCUUUAGGGCUUGUGAUGUAUAGAAUACAAAUGUGGUCUCUGCCAUUGUACUUUUGAAUACUUGUUGGAUAUGUGUAGUCUUUUUUUUUUUUUUUUUUGUUCUUUUUUAUACAUAUUAAACCAUUCUGAUUUCUGAA